GGAGGAGAGCAAAGCAAUGGCUGAGGGUCUUAAAAAACAACUGAGGGACAAGCUCUACAACCUCCAAGCCAUGAGCGUCAUGUCACUGGCAACACUGCUGGAUCCCAGGUUCAAGAAGAUAGGGUUCUUUAGCCCCAAUAAAGCACAAGAGGCUGAGAGGAGGCUCACAGCUGAAUGUGCGGCAGUGAUCCGGCACAGGGCAUCUUCCUCCUUCUCCUCCUCCGACCCAUCUUCAUCAACACAGCCGGACACAUCAGAAGGUUCCCAGCCUGUGGAGCAAGGUGACAAACUGUGGCGGCGAUUAGACCACACAGUCAUGCAGAGCAGGACCCAGAGUGAGAGCGCAGAUGCAACUGUGGAGGUGCACACUUACCUGGGGGAGCCCAACACUAGCAGGAAGUCAAAUCCCCUGGACUACUGGGAGCAGCAUAAACAUAUCUACCCAAACCUCUACAAACUGGCAAUAACCCUUCUAUGUACCCCGGCCUCAUCCGUCCCAUGUGAAAGAGUAUUUUCAAAAGCAGGAGAAAUCCUAUCAAAAAAAAGGAACCGUCUAAAGUCCAAAUCUUUGGAAAUGCUAAUUUUCCUAAAUAAAAAUGAAUGA